CGAAUCUGAAUGUAAACAAAGGUUUUCGUUCUGGACGAGUGAACUACACACCUGACAGGUAUGUGGAAAUCUGUCAGCGGAUAACACGAGAAAACACAGAAAAAACCUAAACACACAACAAAAUGAGUCUGGGACCUCACGCCCCGACGUCCAAGAAAGAGAUUGAAGCACAAGAGGAUGUGUGGAAAGAGGCCUUCAACCUGUUUGAUCAGAAUGGUGACGGACAGAUCUGCCUGGAGGAGCUGGGGAAGGUGAUACGGGCUCUCGGGUUUAACCCAACGGAGAAACAGAUCAAGGAGGUGGCCAAGGAGCUUGACAAGGACGGGAGCGGGACGUGUACGUUCGAGGAUUUCAAACAGCUGAUGAAGGAGAAACCCCCGUCCAAGGAAGACUUCGCAGACGAGAUGCUGCGAGCGUUCAAGAUCUUUGACAAGGACGGGAAUAACUUCAUAGAGCCAGACGAACUACGUCACGUGAUGACGCAGCUGGGGGAGCCUCUCACUGACGAGCAGGUCAACUUGAUGAUCCAGUGCGCAGAUCUCAACAAAGACGGCAAACUAGACUAUCAAGAAUUCGUCAAGUGGUGUCUCCAGCCCUGUUAGAGCUCUGUCGUCUGCUGGGAUCCCCUUUCCUCAAGUAGCAGACGUGAACAUCAAACCAGGUCCGUUUCCUAGUCGACCACUUCCACGUGAUGAAAAGAGGCAGACGACGAUUAAUAUUAAUUUUGUAGAACACGGUUACAACUGUUUAGAACUCUAGUAGACGGAUUUUUGCCGUUUGUUGAGGAGCGGUGUUAGCACUCGUAAAACAAGAACCACAAAACGAGAAUGUACACAUUUGGUCUUUUUUAUCUUUCUUUGUAAGACUUUAACGCUCUUGUUUGGCAAACACUGAUACUAUUUUCAAACCGGCGCGUAUGCAGGGAUUUUAACAGGAGGGGUUGUCGAGACAUGGUACCCUGUAAAACAUAUUGAAAAAAAAUGUUUGAGCGGGGUGGGGUGUGGGGGGUGUUUCGAACUACAACCCCCCCCCCCCCCCCCCCCCCCCACCCCCCCCCCCCCCCCCCCCGCACACGCGCCUGUGAAUCUAGGUGUAUGAACGACCAGGGCCCCGUUCCACGAAGCGAUCUUAGCACGAAGAUCACCUUAGUGCAUAAGGUAGCUAUGCACUUAAUGUGAUCUUAGGGCUAAGAUCGCUUCAUGAAAGGGGUCCAGAUUGGUAUUAGUUCAUAUUCAGGGGAGACGAACGCUUAGGAAUAAUAUAUUUAUACGGUAUCAAUUUGAUAAUAUCUUAAAAGGCUCCCACAUAAUCUAAGGGGAGCAAUUAAUCGGUAUUCACUCCUGUCAAUUGUGUAUCAUGUCUAGGUCUGUGAGUUUAGAAUGAUACAACAGACAGACAGACAGACAGACAGACAUAUAUUUGUAAACAGGUUUAGAAACAUUAAAAUACAAAAAUGCAGGAAUAAAAGUACACAAGCCACUCCAUACGGAAUUACGAGAGACUGACAUUAAAAUAAUACCUUCAGUAAACUCUAUAUAUGCUAUAUUAAUAUAAGUUUAUAUAUAUAUAAAUAUAUAUAUAUAUAUAUAUAUAUAUAUAUAUAUAUAUAUAUAUAUAUAUAUAUAUAUAUAUAUAUACAUAAUAUUACAAAAAAUAAAAAAUUAAGAGAAUAAAAAAGGGGCAAUAUGUUAACUACUACUUCACAACGUUCUGCUAUUUAUUGAUGUAAACCUCUGCUCAAUAUUUGUGAUCAAAUGAGGAGAAUUUGACUACCUUCUUGUUACUUUGAUUGUUAUCUGUAUGUCCGUUUCAUGUUAGUAUUUAUUAUACUGAUCGUGUAACUAAGUAUAGUAAUGUUGACUUGUUUCUCUCUCUCUCUCUCUCUCUCUCUCUCUCUCUCUCUCUCUCUCUCUCUCUCUCUCUCUCUCUCUCUCUCUCUCUCUCUCUCUCAUUCAUCACCUCACUAUAAUUAUCGCUUUCUCUUUUUUUGUAUUUUGCUGUUACAUUUAUCAUGUACAUUCAUUUUUCACCAUGACGUCACAUAUGUUGCAUUUUUUACGGAUUUUGAAGAAAUGAUUACCCUGAGAUA